AUGGGCGAGCACAACCUGCUGAACCCCGGCUUCGUGGGGCCGCUCGUCAACAUCCACACGGGCGACGCCUUCUACUUCCCCAAUUUCCGCGCGUCCGGCGGCCAAAUCCCGGCCCUCCCAUCCCUGCCGUACCCGCGCCGGGACAAUUUCGGGUCCCUGCCCGCCUGGGCCCCCGGCGAGCCCUGCGCUCCCUACGCGCAGCCCUACCUGGGCUUCGGCCGCGCCUGCGAGCUCGCCCGCGCCGACGAGGGCAAGUGCUACUACCGGGAGGGCGACAAGGAGCGGGGCAGGGACGGGGCUCUGCUGCCGCUGGAGCCGCUGCCCGCCGCCGGCACUUUGGGGAAUAAUUUCGGCAAGUUCGAGUACCCCGGGCCCGAGGGGAUGGGCCAGGACCCCCCGUCCUGCCAGUCCCUGGAGUCCGACUCGGGAUCCUCGCUGCUCAACGAGGGCGGCAAAGGGGACGCGCCCGGCUUGGUGUCACCGCUGAACGCGGGGAGCGGAGCGCGGGCGGCUCUCGCAGGCGCUCCGUGGUACCCGAUGCACACGAGAUCCCGGAAAAAGCGCAAACCCUACUCCAAGCUGCAGCUGGCCGAGCUGGAAGGGGAAUUUUUGGUGAACGAAUUCAUCACGCGCCAGAGGCGGAGGGAGCUCUCGGACCGCCUGAACCUGAGCGAUCAGCAGGUGAAAAUCUGGUUCCAGAACCGCCGCAUGAAAAAGAAAAGACUCCUCCUCAGGGAGCAGGCGCUCUCCUUCUUCUAA